CCCUAGCUCGGCAGCUCGCACAGCCGACCUGUGAUAGACGGCAAUCAAAGCCUAUAGCGCACAAAGAUGCCGCAUGGGAGCCGACCUUGUAUACAAAAAUGCUUCACGACGUGACAGACGCGGAAAGCCACCGGAUAGCACGGCAACGGGCGCAGCUGCUGUUGCACUUUGCGCAACAUUUGAGGGACGAGGAGCCUCCGGAUGUCCGAGGCGUGCUCAGUGUAGUGGAAGCGAGCGAUAUACAGCUGCCGGAACACCUGCAGCUGCUGCUGUGUGCCGCCUGGAUCAGGCGCCGGCUGCAGUAUGGCAUCCUGGAGACCGGUGUGGCGACACUGCUGCCUGGACUGGUGCCGCUGACGGAGGCGAGCGCGCAGCUGCACGUGGACGUCCGCACAGAGGCCUGCCUCCAGCUGCUGGACUCCAAGCCCGUGGACUGGGGCGAAUUCGACCUCACCGUCGAAACCCUGUUCAGGCAGCCUGAGCACCAAGGCGCUCGAGGCAGCGAUCAUGAUGAUGGCUGCGAGCUCGCUGCUGGCGGCGACGAGCAGCGGCAGGAGGCGACGCCAAUCCCUGGCCCUGGCGGAAGCGAGGCGACAGCUGCGGGGGCAGGGCUGUGGCCGCCAGCGAUAGCCCAGCUGUUCGCGGAGAGGCAGCAGCAGCUCCGCCUGUGCUCGCGGUCAUCGCGGCAGGGUCUGGACCGCAAGCUGGCGCAAGCGCUGGAGCUGCUGACGAGGGAGGGCCAGCGCGAGGGUGUACUGCAUACGGUAGAUGACGCCGUGACAGCGGCCGAGGAGCGCCUUGGCUUCGUCAACAAGGCGUUCAUCGAGCAGCUCCUGGCCGUGACCGCAGCAACGUUGCCCUCAACAUCAAUGCAGCGGCAACAGCAAGGCGAGGAAGGAGCACAGCAGGAGCAGCCUCCGCCGCCGCAGCAGCAUGCGGCUGCGGUGCAGCCGACGGCAGCGAGUUCGUUGCCGCCCGGGCCCCUUUCACCGCAGCCGUCACCGCAGCAGUCACGGCACGAUGAUGGCGUCAACGCUGCUACCCUGCACGCUGACCACACCACGUCGGCCACGGAACCAGGCGCUGACAUGGCCGGUGCCGUGGCGCACGACACCCUGCCUGGGGCUCCUGCCGGUGACGCUGAGGAGUCUCGGAUACCCCACCGGCAAAACGCGGAUGCGCCCAGUGCAGCUAGUGCAGCAGCAACGACCUUCGUGGCAGCUCAUGAGACGGCCCUAGUACCUGCUGCUGAGGACGGAGCGGUGGCACUCGACCCCGCAGCCCCAGCCACGUCACCUCCAAUCGCGACAGCCUCACCUGCCAUCAGCGGCACCGGAAUGGGUCACACGCCGGCAACCAAUGUGGCUUGGCCCGGCACCGGUGGCGCGCCCCGGCACGACCCCACAUCAGCGGGCCAGCCUAGUGCCGCCAAAGCGACAGGUACAGGUGCCACCAUCGCCGUUGCCUCGGGCCCAGCCACGCAGGCACCACAGCGGCGCUCGCCACUGCCACUGCCACAUGGCAGCGCUGCCGGCAGCCUUGCACCCCUGCAGCCACAGACGCGUACAUCGGCCGGGCCAGUCGCAGGCGGAGGUGCGGCAAGCUCCGCCAGCGGCAGGGCAACAGUGGGCCAGAGCGUGCAAUUCGUGCACAUGUGGAGUCAGGCUGGGACAGGCCGCAGCGGCACGCUGCCUGGGGCUAACAACAGCGGCAGUAGCGGAGCCUUGCUGCAGCAGAGGGCGGGCGGGAUAGCGCGGCCCGGACCAGCUGCUGCUUUGUCGGGUGUACCGGCGUCAGGGGGCGCGGUGGCUGCGUCAGCGCCAUCGCGCCGCGCUGUCAGCAGCAGCCCGAGGGACAUUCCCCUACUGGCAGGGACGGGAGUCACGCCGCCAUCAUCGCCGCUACAGGGCCUGCCAUCAAGCGCGCCCGCGCGCGCGACAUCACUGCCUCCCUCAACACUGUCGUCGCCAGCACGACUGAUGCAGGGCCUUCCGGGCCUUGUGGGGUCAGCUUCCCACCCGCGGGCGCCAGUGACACAGCGUGCACCCCUGGCGCAUCCGGCUGCGCAUGUCGCGGCGCUGCUGGGUGCGCCUGCGGCACCACACGCCCAGCUCGCAGCACCAGCAGCAGCAGGCGCACCGGCGUCCUCAUCCAUGGGCAUUGGUGGCCGCCUCGGCCAGAUUGCCCUGCAGCAGCGCAACGCUGCGGCUGCGGCGGCUGCGGCAGCGGCCGCCGCCGCUAUUGGCGCUGGAUCGGCUGCGUUAGCAGGCGCUGCCGCUCCAGCCACCGCCAACACGCCCCUACCACCCACGUCAGGGCCGGCGGCUCCAACAGCUGCAUCAGCAGCCCGCGCGAUGGGAAGUGCUUCGCCAGCUGUUGCCAGUACAGCAGUUGUGCAUCCUGCCAAACCAGAUGCGCAGCAGCCGCAGCACAUUGAGGGCCUGCUGCGACAGGUUCCACCUGCACCUACUGGAAUCACAGACCCAGAUGCGCAAGCGCAGGCCCCGGCAGCGGCUGAGUCAGUCAUGCCGCGGCCAGCAUCGUCUGCACCGCCUCACAUGGAGCAGGAGAGCAGGAUGGGUCAGACGCCGCCUUACAGGGAGCAGGCGCCAGCGCAGCAGGCCACCGCAGACACCUCCGCGGAUGCGCGGGGGGUUGGGCACUCGGUGACAGCUGCGCCCCUGUGCCCGCCUUACGUGGCCUCCCGGACAGGGGCACCGGCAUUGGCGUUGCCGGACGCAGACACUAGCCUGGUCGCGGCCGGGACUCAAACUGCCAUGACAGCAGCAGUUUUAGCCGCGGUCAAUGAAGUGGGCAGUGGCGGCCAAACGGCAGCUUCGGUCAGCGGGGAACCCAUUUCGGGUGCGCAAGCUGCGGUUGCGGCGGAUCCAGUGGGUGGCGAGGAGCAUGCAUCACGUUCAAACUCCAGCGGCGCAGACAGCGGCGCCAGCCUGGGAGGCACGCAGGAGCAUACCGGCAGUGGUGGCGCUGCACUGGCACCUGCUCCAUCCCCAGCGGCGUCUGAGGCGCCGCAAGCCAAUGCAGCGCUGCCCUUUGGUCCGCCACCAAAUGUGCUGGCGGUGACCAGCGCACUGCCUGCUGCCCAGACCGCUCCUGCAUCAACGGGCGGAGACAUGAACGCAACGGACGUUGCUGCGCAGCAACCGGCACAGCCCUCACCGCCCCGGCAGCCGAUGCUGCCACCGCCGCCGCUGUCGCAGCCUUCGCAGCUGUCGCCACCGCGGUCACCGACCACUGCGAUGCCGAAGCCAGACACCGAACAGGCUGGGCAGGGACCUGAGGGCAGCCAGGCGCUGACGGCUGGCGAUGGCUGCAUCACCUCUCAGUCUCAGGGCUCACCUCCUCCACUUGAGCUCUUGCUGCCCCUGUCGGGCGUCUCCCAGGCGAGGCCGCAGGAUGAAGGGGUGGCAGUGGUAGUGGUGCCAUCGGCAGGCACGGAUGAAGAAACGGAGCAAGCACGACCGACGCCAGCAGCAGCAGAAGACGAUGCAGCGCCAGAAAUGCAUGUUGCGGCAGCAGCCGCGGGGCCAUCUAUGGAGGUAGACGCAGGGAUGGGAGCUGUGGCAUCGGCGGCAGAGGUGCUAGGGCCCGCGGCGGAGAUGCCAGCCAUGCUCACGGCCGCCGCUUUCGCGCCAAUCUUUUCUGCCGCCACCUCCACGCAGCUCGACGCCGGUGCCGUGCCUCGCACGCAUCCCACCGCCCGAGCCGCCCUGGUGGUGUCCGCUACCGCAGCCGUAGAGGUUGUGGAACCGGCAGUGGAUGACAUGUCAGCCGCCGCGGAGCCAGCAGCUGGUGCUGACGUACUGAAGGCUGCUGUAGGGGAGGCCGUGGAGGCGGCAGAACCAGAGCAAGGCGCACCAACGGCGGUUCAGGUCUCCGGAGCAGUGACAUCUGGCCAUGGUACGGGCGAAGGCGGCCUGCCGCCAGCAGUGCUAGCGCAAGCCGCUGCCACGGCCUCCACUGCCGCUGCGGACCAGCCGAGUAGUCCUGAGUUCACCGCCGCCAUCGAGCCGGCCGCAGCCGUGUCCCGCCUGUACCAGCAGGCAGCCAGCCCUGCCAGCGAUCUCGACAUGACGCCGCCGGACGCCGGUGCCGCGGCUGCUCGUGUCAACACGCUGCUGGGUCUCAUCCUGCCGCCGACGGAGCCGAGCGCCUCAGGCCCGUACCAGGGUACCGGAUCCCCGCACGCAGCAGGCUUGUACGCCUGGCUCGGCCAGACGCUGCAGCGUGUGGCAGGGAGCACGGCGGAGGAGCCGAGUUCGCCGCCGCCGCAGCAGCCGCAGCACAACGAGGCUGAGAGGGGCACCACGCCAGCGGCGGGGGCCGCGGUGCAGCUGCUCCUGGACGUGCCAGCAGGGGUUGCAGCCACGCAUGACGCCGGGACGGCGGCAAAAGCCGGGGCGUUGGCGGCGGCAACUAUCGAAGACGCCCUAUCGCCGCUGCCAUUGCUUGCUCAGGCGCAGAGCCGGCUGGCUCAGGAGCAGGAGGGCCGGGCAGGGCAGGAGGCGGAGGGUCAGGAGGCUCAGGGGGCCCAGCCGUACGCGCAUGCCGAGUCAGGGCCGGUUGUAUCUCUGGAGGCAGCUGUGGGUAGGGGCGGCAACUCCUCUGACAGAGCCACAGAUGACAGCCGCCAAAUGCGGGACCAGCAGUUGGCCGAUGGCGGCGGCGCGCCCCUGCCAGGCGAUGGUGCAGCGGGCGAGCCCAAGGCCCAGCCUAAGGCGCAGUUGGCGGCUUCCAGUAGUGGGCAAAUGGAUGCACGGGGCAGCGGCGGUGGCCUCGACCAGAUGCUUGAGGACGCGCCGGCGGCGGAGGCGGAAGUGGCUGAGGUUGCCGGCAGCGUGGCAGCGCCGGCAGCAGAAGCAGCGGGAAUGGCGGCACAAGAUGCGGGCAGCAGGCCGGCGGGCAUCGCGGAGCCUGUUACACCCCACAGUGCUCGGCAGCCAGUGGCUGACGAGGAGGGACUUGCCCGCACCGCGAAAGCCGCCGACAACGUGGGGGCCGCUGCGGGAGCAAGCCCUGUGCGCAGUGGCGCCAGUCCCUGGGGUAGCGACGUCGCGUCGCCGCUCCCCCAGCCGCAGCACACUCCAGUCCCUGGAGCUGUCACUGACACACCCGAGGCGACCACAGCAGGCGCCCCGGAGGCUCGUGCAGCGGCUGUUGCAAUGGCAAUGCAAGGAGCCUUGCUUCAAGCGCCGGAUUUGGGCGGAGUUGCGUGGGGCUUGGGGACGCUACAGCCCUUGCCCACCGGGCUUGAGGAGCAGGUGUUGGCAGCGGUGUCGGCGGCCGCCGCUGCAGCGCAGCAAGCGGUUGGCCUCGCAGCUGAGGUGGUCGCAACGGUGGUGCCCAGUCCAGCAGCUGAGGCGGCAAUCCGCCCUGGACAAGACGAACAGCCACACCAGGUAGUGGAGGAUGUCAGCGCGGAAGCAGCAGGCGGCGCCGCCACGCCGCAGGAGCACCUGCAGGGCGACACGGAUUCAGCUUUUCAUGGCCAACCUCCAUACCAAGCGCAACAGGAACAGCCGCGUGGCAUGGAUAAGCAGCCAGAGGAGCAGGAGAUGCCGCAGGAGGAGCUCGACAAUCAAGCGCCGCAGGUUUCGAUAGCCAUGGACCGGCAGGAUGACAAACAGCAGGAUGGCGAACAGCAGGAUGGCGCGGCACGUGCCGUGAUGCCGGACGUGCCCAGCAGCAGCAGCGGCGCACAGUCGCAACCGGUGCAUGGACCGGUGCCACAGCAGGAGCAGUUGCCAUUGCAAUGUGCGCCUGGGACGGCGCAGCACCAGAGAGAGAAGGAGCAGGUGGGGUAUGAUCGGGAGGCGCUACUAUUGAGGCCGCCAAGUGCGGUACCGCAGCCGCACGAGGAUGACGCUCAGCAGCAAAAGGCGACGGCGCCUGCACCUCGGGUUGAUGCACAACACACAGAUCAGUCACAGCAGACUGCGGCGAUGGUGGGGACGAGCGGCGGCGAGGCCGUAGCCGAAGUAGAAUCUGGCGCGCAGCCGGCGCUGGAGCCACCGCCAUCACAGCUGCAAGUCCUCGGCGACACUGUUGCGAAGGGCGCUGCGGCAACGCCUGCUGCGUCCACGGGAUCGCAGGAUGGGGAGCGCGUACCGUGCGCGGCAGCUGUAGCGCUGCCGCAGGCACCGGGGUGGAAGGCAUACGUGCAGCUCACCGCAGCCAAUGAUGGCAGGCGUGUUGCGACGCAGGCGGGCACGCCAGGGGCUGGAGGAGCCGGAGGCGGGAGUGCUCUGGGCGUUCAGGAGGCGGCGCCGGACCUCGCAGUGCAUCAGCAGCGCAGCACUGUCCUGAGCCGGCCUCAUGUGCAGCCCCACGCCACGACCGGAGCUGUCACUUCGCGGCUCUCGCUGCUGGCCGCAUCGCAAGCGCAGCAGCAACGGGCUGUGCCACUGCGGCAGCGGACGGUGCCGCCAGGUGCAGGGGACCUGGGGUGCGCGGCAGCUGGCGGCGCAGGACUGCUGCGCAGCGGCGGCACUGCUGCACCUCUGGUGGCAGGAAGCGCUGCGCCGUUGGCAUCAGAGCAUAGAGCCGGAUCCGACGGUCAGGCGCCCAGCCAAAGCAAGCAUCCGCGACGCCUACCGCCAUCCUUCCUGGCUAGCCGCCACGGAACGCACGGCGCGCAGCAGCAGCCGACUGUGACGACUGGGGUCCUUGCUGCGCGGGCUGAGAAGCAUCUGCCCCCUGCGGAACGUCAGGAUGAGGGCCGGCACGGACGUGAGCAGGAGUCGCCGCCGCAGGAGGACCGAAACCCGGAGCCACAACUCGCUCAAAGGUCGAACCAGCUCCAUGGUGGCUCACGGCCUGCCGCUCCGCGUCUGCAGCGGCCCAUUCAACAGCAGCCGGGAGCUGGGGGCGAGAGAAAGGGUAGCGAAGCGGCGCCCGUGCAGCCGGUUUCAAGGGCAGGAGCUGCAGGGGUAGGGGCCGAAGCAGCACCAGCGGCGGAAGUGCCUAGAGUACGGAACAUGCCACGGGCGAAAGCGCCUGAACCGGCAUCAGCAGCAGCAGCGCCACCAACAGCGCCGGAGCUGGCACCAGCAGCACAGAGGCCACCCUCUGUGGCCCCGAGGGCUGCUCCGCAUGGCAAGCCGCGAAUUGCCGCAUCAGGCCGGGCUGGGCGGCGGCUGGUGUCUAAGGGUCAGCCGGACGGCAUGGGCAGCGGCGCGGAGCUGCCGCAGCCUGCCAGGGCGGCGGCGGAGGGCGCUGCCGGCAUGGCCGGAGCCACACAGCCGGCCCUGAAGCGCAAAGCUGCACCGGUUGGCGCGGCAGGGGUCAAGAGGCGGUGUACACUCUUUGACAACGGCGCCCCGCCGGCCGCAACGACAGCUUCUGCAGCGCAGCAGGUUCUGCCUCAGGAGGAGGCGCAGGAGCAGGCGCAGGAGUGGCCCUCAGAUUCGUACGUGGCACCGCCUGCGCGGCAGGGCUCCAGUCCGAGCCGUACACGCUCACAGCAGCGGAACCGGCCACGGGGUGACACUGCACAAAGCGGCGGGCUGUCGUCUGGAGCCGCCGAGGCGGACGUUCCGUAUGACAGCACGAUUCUGAGGCAAUGCAAUGACCUCCUGCUCCAGCCUCCUCCUGACGGCCAGACCCACAUGGCGGUUGCAGACAUCCCGCGGCGGGUGCUGGCCUUCCGCUGCAGCGUGCUGCUGCCGCGCACGGGCGAUCCAGUGCUCGUGGCGCGCUCCGCGGCCGCCAUCCUGCUGCUGCAUGCCAUGAUACACGAGUCAGCAUCGCUGCCGCCUCAGUUGGGGCAGCAAGGGCGCCGGCUGCAAGGCAGCGGUAGCUCUAGUGGAGGGGCAGGUGGUGUGGCAGUAGUUGGAAAGGCAGCAACGGCGGGGGCGCUGGCGGCGGACUGCGCGAAAGUCGAGCUGCUGCAGACACGCUGGUUCUACGUGGUGAGUCCCAAGGAGUCGGAAGUCAAGCAGUGGCAGGAGGAGUGGGAGGAGCGGCAGCGCGAGGCACCAGCGCCCGCUGCUGCCGCGGCUGUGCCGGCAGCACCUUCUUUGGCGGCAUCUACAGCAGCAACGCCACGGCAGACGGACUUGAGGGCCGCAGAUGCGGAGGCGGAGGCGAUUGACAUGGCGACGCUGCCGGAUUCGCCGUCACUGGUGCGGAUGCAGGGUGUGGCAGCAGGGCGGGUGCGCACUCCCACGCCUCGCGGCCAGUCCCCUCGGCUGCGAGCACAGCCUUUACAACAGCAGCAGCAGCAGCAGCAGCAGGACAUGAACCGCGGGGUAAAUAGCGGCGGACAGCUGGCGAGCAUGGGCGAAUCAGCAGGUCCGCAGCAGCAUUCACCGGGCAGCACAAGCGGCUCGCUCACAAGGAACGAGCGACACCAGAGGUGGCUACGCAGGCAGCCGGGCCCGGCAGAGCUGCUUGCCGAGCCCAUGCAUCGACCCGCUAAGCGCCGCCGUUCAGGCAGGAGUGCGUCGCCAGCAAGCACAGGCGCGCAGCAUCCGGCGGGCGAGAAGGCUGGGGCAGCAGGAGAGGCCCAGGAUGGGCCCCCGGCAGGUGCACCUGCGGCUGCAACUGUGCAUGAACGGCCGCUGACCCCUAAGCGUGCACGGCCGGAGGCUUCAGUGCGUGCUGCCGGCGCUGCUGUGGCAAUGAAGGCAUCCGCGUCAACUGCAGGCACACCACCAGCAGCGCGUCAGGCGCCUGGUGUUGUUGGGCCCGCAUCAGGCUCCGCAACCUUGCCAGCUGCAGCUGACACACUGGCACCGCAAGCGCCUGACUGGUCGCCACCGCGUGACCCACGCCAACGCCCGCCGUCCACGCAGCGGCUGCGCACGCCCACGCCAGUAGCUGCGACUGCUACUGCUGCAGCGACACCGCUGCCACAGGUGGUAGCCUGGUCGGCCCCCGGCACAGGUGCCACUGGUGCCGCCGGUGCCGCACGCACCCACACGGACACAGACAUGCAGCUGCCGCGGCGCCGCCGGAUGCGGCCGCCCAGCACCGGGCCCGAGCGCGGUGGGGACGCCGAGGCACAGAGGCUGCGCCUGCGAGAGGAGGCUGCAGUGGCAGCAGCAACAGCUGGGAAUGCAGUGGGGGCAGCUGCGGCGCCUGAGAGCGGCUCGCCCGGCGGGAGCAUUGCUGAUGCAACCGGUACCGACGGCGCGGCCAGGCCUGGCGCCUCCUCUCCCCGCCGCAGCACGCCGUCCAAGUCGCCGCUGGCCCGCCUGGCGCGUGCCCUUGCGGACGCACUGCCGGAGCUGGUCGAGCUCGAGGGCGAGCCACAGCCGGCGACUGCUGCCACCGCCGCCGCUUCCAACGGCGCCGAUGGUGGUGGUGGCGGCACAGCAGCAGCUGAUGUCCACUCUGCCCAGCGAUCAGACACAGCGAUGGGCGUGGACGGCAGCAACGGUGCCGAGGCAGUCAGCGAUGCAGCACUGGAUGCCCUGGCAAUGGGCACGACACCGGCUGCUAGACGCGAGGCGGGGGUGGUAGGGGCAUGCUCGCAAGCGGGUCUGGCCGGCGCUGCAGCAGCAGCCAGCAGCGGUGAUGGCAGCCCUACUAGUGAGGGAUCGUCGGGGAGCGCUGUGUCGGUUCGCAUUGACGAGCUCCUGCACGUGCGGGCGCUGCAGCAUCGCGAGCAGGUACGCAACCUGUUCCACAGCCUACUGGGCCGCCCGCCUGGCACACCACCACCCGCAACCGGCGGUCAGCAGUUGCCACCUGGCGCCGAAUCGACAUCCGGAGCUGCAGCUACAUGCGGCGCUACGGCAGGCCUUGCGGGUGGCGGCGCUGCUCACGACCCCAGCCUGGUGGCUGGGGCCGCGUCCGACCGAACGCCCUUGGCAACAGUCGCGCCGCAGCCGCAGCCCCUGCAGCAGCAGCCGCAACCGCGUCAUGGUCAAGCAGCCGACGUCAGCGGUACCGGUGGCAUGGGCCGGCACCAGGGCCCUGGGACAGCAGCAGAGCGUCACACGCCCGAAACUGUGGACCUCAGUCGCCACUUACGGCGCGUGUAUGCAGGCGAGACGCCGUUCACAGACGCUGUCCCUGUGCAGCUGCUGGAGCGGCUGCUGCGGCAGCUGGACCCAGGCCGGCCGGAACCCCAGCCGCCCCAACCGCCGCAGCCGCCAAAGCAGCAACCACAGCAACCCGAGGCUGGCACGCACCUGCAGGAUGCGGUGGCAGGUGUUGCGCGAUCAGCAGCAGGCACGGAGGUUGCAGGUCAAGAUGGCUGCGGCCGGUUCGCCCUGCUGCGCACGCUGCCCAAGACGCUGUUUGAGACAACAGCAAUUGCAGCAGGCGCGGCGCGGCAGGGCGCGGCACCUUCAUCCGGCCUGGCGCCUGAAACCGUUCACCGCACCGCAGCUUACGCGCAGACAUCAUUGCCUCAGCCCACAGCAGGUGGCCUGGAAGGAGCCGCCGGCAGCCACGAAGUGCUUCCCACAACGGCGGUUGCGCAGAAACCUCAUGUACCCCAAGCUCCAUACGAUACCGCGGCUGGGGCUUCGGGCACAGCAGGGCCUCCAACCAGACCGCCGGCUCCGCCGGCAUCCGCUCCGGGUAAUGCGGCUGCCCAUGAUGCCAUUGCUGUCAGUGGCGGCCGCUCCGGCGUGUCACCAGAGGAGUUCUUCGCUGAUGCGCCGGUUGUGCCGUCGCUGCUUCCUGGUCUGGGGCUAGACGGCGCGUUGAAGCUGUUGCGGCAGCAGCAAGAGCUGGAGCGGACGAGGGGCACGCCUAUGCCCAGCCCUCGUCAGGCCGGCGAUGGCGGUGGCGCUGGCUUUGAGGCAGCGGCUGCUGCAACCACGCAUGCGGCACCCCCAAUGCCCAUCCACCACCCCAAGCCGCAGUCCGCAGCUCCGGCAGGCCCUCCGGCUGCUGCCACAGCACAUCUGCAGCAGCCGCUGGUGCUGCUGCGCGGAGCUUCAGCGCAGGAGCAGACCGCUCCCCCUGCAAACACCACGAGCGCCGCGACCUUCUCCUUCGGCGGCGGCCACCUUGCCGCGGGCGGCCACCGCCAUGCGGCAGGUGAUGUCAAUUCAGGUGCGAGGUCGGAGUCGGUCGGCGGCGAGCCAUUUCGAGCGCGGCUUGGCGGCGGGCGGCCUAUUCGUGGCGGUGCUGCAGCAACGGUCCCAGCCCACACUUCGCAGCAAGAUAAUCAUGGGCAGGGCGACGGCGCUGAGGAGCAGUCGGCACGCGCCCAGCAAAACAGGGGUGGCGCCGGUGCCACUGCCUCCGAAGCGGGGCCGGCCUUCAGCCUAGCGGGCUGGCAGCAGCCCAGCGUCGGCCAGCGGGCCUCGUGUGGGAGCGCGAGCGAGAGUGCACCUGGGGACUCAGCGGUUGCAGGCGCUGGGGACAGAGGUGCAAACAUUGGUGGUGGUGCUGCAGACGGCGCACCGUCGGCACCCGUUCAGGCAGUCGCCGCCGAAACCAGGUCAGCGGGUAGCGGCGGGGCAGGGGCGAGUCAGCACCAGCGCGGCACGGCCGGCAGCGGAGGCGUGGGUGCAGCUGCUACUGUCUCAGCAGGCACAGGUGUGCACGGUGGCGAGCCGGCGGCUGAAGCGCUACGGCUGCUGCUGCAGGUGCUCUUGGUCGCGCAGACCGACCCGCAGCAGGCUGGUCAGCCGGCACAGCAGCGGCAAGGCGCCCCGUCUCUAGACAUCAAUCUCCUGUCGCGCGGCCUGCAGCAGCUGCUGCAGCAGGCUAUACCAGGUGGGGGCGCAGGUGUCGGCACUAGCAACGGCCCGGCAUCCGGGGAAGACGGCGGGCUGUGGGGCCAGGCUGGCGGCGGCGAACGGCCUGGAACGCAACAGCAGCCGGGGCCUGCGGCUGUUGAUGCACCCGGUAGCAUGUACCAGCAGUUUCAACCGCAGCAGCAUCAACCAGCUCAUGCACAGGCCUGGCAGGCGACAGGACAACAGCAGGCGCAGUACGCUUACGCGCCACAACCGCAGCAGCAGCCAGCAGCUCCCAUGCCGCACGGAGCGCCGCCGUACGGAGCAGGUGCCAUGCGGCAGCCCGACCACGUGCACCCAGCUGCAGCACGCCAACAGCCGCACGGCGGCGGCCCGGUGUCGCAGGGCUACGCCACAGCGCCACCCGCACAGCACGUCUACGACCCCAUGCAGCAAGCAUACGGUGCACCCGCACUGCCGCCGCCAUAUGCUGUGAACGGCGGCGGGUCAGCCUACGCAGCCGGCUGUGUGCAGUACGCAGGCCAUGGCGGAAUGGCCGGCGGGCGCCAGCAAUACCCGCACGGUGGUUACGCUGCAAUGCAUGGAGAGGCGGAGGUGCUUGAGGCCGACGACAUUGUGGUCUCGGGCGGCUAUUCCAACCAUCACACACAGCACGCAGGCCAGCAGCGUCAGCAUCCUGCCUACUACAGUCAACACGGCCAUGCGGUUGCAUUUAUGGCUGCUGACCAUGGCCAACUGCCGCACACGGCGCCUGACGAUAGUGUGCGGCAGGGGCGACGGCCUCACAUGGUGGCAGCGGCAGCAGUCCUGCGGGAGCAGUUUGGUGGUGGCAGCGUCCGAGCGGCAGCCUCGGAAGUCAUCAGCAACGCAAGCGCCGCCAUGGGGUCGCGGGCUCAUGCUCGGCAAGCGAGGCGGAUUGGUGCGCUUGCAGUAGAAGACGACGAGGCGGAAGGCAGCGGAGCUUACAACGCGAUUCCAGCAGAUGCCAGGCUUGCUGCGAUGGAGGGCGCUGCCGCGGCAGCAGCGAUGGCCGCAGGUGCGCCUGCGUUCAGCGACUAUCCCGCAGCAUCCACCAUGCACCCAGGUUACAAUUCGCCAACUGUGACGGUGGGGAACAGCAGGUGGACGGGCCGUAGCAGCCUAAACGGCGCAGCAACAGACGGCGGAGAACAGUGGACGGGGCACGGACACGCGGCGGCUGGCACAGGAGCGGUUGGCCAGAGGGCUCAGGCUAGAGGUGGAGAGUCAAGAGACGGAACGGCCGCGGCAGGUGCCUCCCCCGGCACGUGGCGGCUGCCCCCGCUGCGCGGCUUGAGCUUCCCGCGGGCCGGCGGGACCAGAGCGGAGGCGCCAGCGCCUGUCCAGCGCGCAGCAAACCUUUUCAAAGGUGCCACGGCACACGCGGAGGGCAGCUCAGCAGCUGCUGCCGGAGGAGCUACGCAAAGCAGUGGCCCAUCGCAGCAGGCACAGCCGCCCAUCAGCGCACACCAGCAGGGCGUGAAGCGGCCGCUGUUUGCAGAGCAGCAGCGGAUGCCGCCGCCUACAGGUGCCUCUAAACCACCAGCAGCAUUAAUGGCGGCGGCACAGGCCAGUAGGCCUGCCAAGUCAGCACUGAAGCAGCCGUCCAGCAUCUUUCACCCGAUCGAAGCGGAGGCGCGGCCAACGGCCCCGGCGCCGCCGCCGCGCCAGAAUGCCGUUCCACCACGGCAAGCGGCGCCGGCACACCCAUUGCAGCCACCCACUCGAGCUGAAGCGAGCGCGCAGAUGGCCAGUGGCACCACGAAGCGUGGGGCUUCGGCUGCAGCGCCAGCUGCUUCGGGGCUUGCUAUUCAGCCGCCACAGCGGCCCGCUGCACCAGCCACAUCGCAAGCGGACGACCCGUCUCAGCAGAGCUCGGGACCAGCGCCCAAGCGGGCUCGGAAGGUGACGUUCGACAUGUCGGGGCUAGGUCACGAGCAGCACGCGCUCGGCAGUGGGCUGGAGCCGCAGCCGGAGGCCGGCAGCCCCAAGGGUUUUGUCGGGCGCCAUGCCGCCCCGUCGCCGCUGCCGCCCUCUCCGCCCCCGGACGCGCACUGCGCACCCAAGUCGUCAGGGAGAGUUCCCCAGCCGGCGGCACCGCCUGGAGCUGGAGCUGUGGCCGCGGACAGGAGCACACGAGCUACGGCGCAGAGACGGGAGCAUUCGGCGCCAGCACUGCUGCCCCGCCACGGAACCGCAGCAGUCGGCGGAGAAGGUAGCAAGCCCGGUGGGGUUGCGGCGGAUGCUGGUGGGGCAGGUGGCGUGCUGAGGCUGUUCGACGGAGAUCCAUAUCUGAUGGCUAGGGAGCGCCGCUGAGGGGCUGUUAAUUACGUAGUGUGGUUUGACAGUUACGCGGGUGUGCACCAAUGUCAUGGGCAGCGGCACGCUGGGGCACGAAGAGAGAGUGCUGAGAUGGACAACAGCCAUGGUUAGGCAAAGGACUGAAUGAGGCGUUGGCGGUGCUGGAAGCUAAGGCCGAAAGAAGGGCGCAGUGCGGGUAUGGGGCCACGAAUGAAGCCAAUGCCAGUGCCAGACGUUAUGUGUGGCUGCUUUUAUGCAAUGCAGUGUGAGGCCAAGGAGCCAGCGCUUACUGCCAUCCAUGUACACACCGAGGUUUCUUUGGUCCAGACUCCCCCA